GGGGGUGCGCCCGAGAGUGCCCCGGCGUGUUCGCUUAGUUCAGUGAAUCAGAACAAUGACUGCGCCGCCGGGGCUCCGGGAGCGCGUCGGAGGACUGUGAGCCGCGGCCGCCGGGAGAGCGGCGAGCGGCGCAGCCUCGCUGGUGAGGUGUCAACGCCAACUCGGGAUCUUCCAGCGCGGACCCUGCCCAGCGCCCGCUGCCCGCGCGGGAGCCUCGGGGCUCCGGCGCUGCUGCAGCCGCUACUCGGUCGCCGUGCAUUGUUGUGAGGUGGUCGAGGGGCGCAGGGAUUACAAAGCCUGGAGACCCUGGAUCCUCCUCAGCCAUGUGGAUACCUACGGAGCACGAGAAAUACGGCGUGGUUAUUGCCAGUUUUCGCGGAACUGUCCCAUAUGGCCUGUCACUGGAAAUUGGAGAUACAGUUCAAAUCCUGGAGAAGUGUGAUGGCUGGUACAGAGGAUUUGCCUUAAAAAACCCCAAUGUCAAGGGUAUAUUUCCUUCCAGCUAUGUUCACUUGAAAAAUGCCUGUGUGAAGAAUAAAGGACAAUUUGAAAUGGUUAUUCCCACUGAAGACUCUGUUAUCACAGAAAUGACAUCAACGUUAAGAGACUGGGGAACCAUGUGGAAACAACUUUAUGUGAGAAACGAAGGCGAUCUCUUCCACCGGCUGUGGCAUAUCAUGAAUGAAAUCCUGGAUCUGCGGCGGCAGGUACUUGUUGGCCAUCUUACCCACGACCGGAUGAAGGAUGUGAAGCGCCAUAUUACUGCCCGCCUUGACUGGGGGAAUGAACAACUGGGACUGGACCUGGUGCCGAGGAAAGAGUAUGCAAUGGUGGAUCCAGAGGACAUCAGCAUUACUGAGCUAUACCGACUGAUGGAAUAUCGGCAUAGGAAGAAAGAUACCCCAGUGCAGGCUAGCAGCCACCACCUCUUUGUCCAAAUGAAGAGCCUCAUGUGUUCCAACCUGGGAGAGGAGCUGGAAGUCAUCUUUUCACUCUAUGACAGUAAAGAGAACCGGCCAAUCAGCGAGAGAUUUUUCUUGAGACUGAACAGAAAUGGGCUUCCCAAAGCCCCAGAUAAACCUGAACGACAUUGCUCUCUCUUUCUGGAUUUGGGCAGCAGCGAGCUCAGAAAGGACAUCUACAUCACUGUGCACAUUAUCCGAAUUGGUCGAAUGGGAGCUGGAGAAAAAAAGAAUGCCUGCAGUGUCCAGUAUCGGCGACCAUUUGGCUGUGCAGUCCUUAGUAUUGCAGACCUGUUAACAGGAGAGACAAAAGAUGAUCUUGUCCUGAAAGUGUACAUGUGUAACACAGAGAGUGAGUGGAACCAAAUCCAUGAGAACAUUAUCAAAAAGCUGAAUGCACGCUACAAUUUGACUGGCUCCAAUGCAGGUUUGGCAGUUUCCCUGCAGCUAUUACAUGGAGAUAUUGAACAAAUCAGAAGAGAAUACUCCUCAGUCUUUUCUCAUGGAGUGUCCAUAACAAGAAAGUUGGGAUUUUCUAAUAUUAUCAUGCCUGGUGAAAUGAGGAAUGAUUUAUAUAUUACCAUAGAAAGGGGAGAAUUUGAGAAAGGUGGGAAGAGUGUGGCCAGAAAUGUGGAGGUGACCAUGUUCAUCGUAGAUAGUGGUGGCCAGACCUUAAAGGAUUUUAUCUCCUUUGGCUCUGGAGAGCCACCAGCUAGUGAGUACCACUCCUUUGUGCUUUACCACAACAACAGUCCCAGGUGGUCUGAACUACUGAAACUUCCUAUUCCUGUGGAUAAAUUCAGGGGCGCACAUAUCCGCUUUGAGUUCCGGCAUUGUUCCACAAAGGAGAAAGGAGAGAAGAAGUUGUUUGGAUUCUCCUUUGUGCCCCUGAUGCAGGAAGAUGGCCGGACUCUUCCAGAUGGCACCCACGAGCUCAUUGUGCAUAAGUGUGAAGAAAAUACAAACCUUCAGGAUCCCACCCGCUACCUCAAACUUCCCUUUUCCAAGGGCAUUUUUCUUGGGAAUAAUAAUCAAACUAUGAAGGCUACCAAGGAGUCUUUUUGGAUAACAUCAUUUCUCUGUUCCACAAAACUCACACAAAAUGGUGACAUGCUUGAUCUCUUGAAGUGGAGAACUCACCCAGACAAGAUCACAGGCUGUCUCUCUAAACUAAAAGAAAUAGAUGGCUCUGAGAUAGUAAAGUUUCUGCAAGAUACAUUGGAUACCUUAUUUGGGAUUUUAGAUGAAAACUCUCAAAAAUACGGGUCUAAAGUGUUUGAUUCUUUGGUUCACAUAAUCAAUUUGCUGCAAGAUAGCAAAUUUCAUCAUUUUAAGCCAGUCAUGGAUACUUAUAUUGAGAGUCAUUUUGCUGGGGCACUGGCGUACAGAGAUCUCAUCAAAGUGCUUAAGUGGUAUGUGGACAGGAUAACUGAAGCAGAGCGGCAAGAGCAUAUCCAGGAGGUGCUGAAGGCACAGGAAUACAUCUUUAAGUACAUAGUGCAGUCCCGGAGGCUCUUUUCCCUGGCCACUGGUGGGCAAAAUGAAGAGGAAUUCCGCUGUUGCAUCCAGGAGCUCCUCAUGUCUGUCCGCUUCUUCCUUUCCCAAGAAAGCAAGGGGUCUGGAGCCCUAUCUCAGUCACAGGCCGUGUUUCUGAGCUCCUUUCCAGCUGUGUACUCCGAGCUGCUGAAGCUCUUUGAUGUCCGGGAAGUAGCUAACUUGGUGCAGGACACUCUGGGCAGCCUGCCCACCAUCAUGCACGUGGAUGACUCCCUCCAGGCAAUCAAGCUGCAGUGCAUCGGUAAAACCGUGGAAAGCCAACUGUAUACCAACCCAGAUUCCCGGUACAUCCUCCUGCCUGUCGUGUUACAUCACCUCCACAUCCACUUGCAAGAACAGAAGGACCUGAUCAUGUGUGCACGUAUCCUUAGCAACGUAUUUUGUCUCAUCAAGAAAAAUAGCUCAGAAAAGUCUGUGUUAGAAGAAAUAGAUGUGAUCGUGGCCAGCCUGCUGGACAUCCUGCUGAGGACUAUCUUGGAGAUCACCAGUCGACCACAGCCUUCCAGCUCCACCAUGCGGCUGCAGUUCCAGGACGUUACUGGGGAAUUUGUUGCCUGUCUUUUGUCCCUACUAAGACAAAUGACAGAUAGGCAUUAUCAACAACUUCUUGAUAGUUUCAACACAAAGGAAGAGUUAAGGGAUUUCCUGCUGCAGAUAUUUACUGUAUUCCGAAUAUUAAUACGCCCGGAGAUGUUCCCAAAGGACUGGACUGUGAUGCGUUUGGUUGCUAACAAUGUUAUUAUUACAACAGUUCUGUACCUCUCAGAUGCACUUCGUAAGAACUUCUUAAAUGAAAACUUUGAUUAUAAGAUCUGGGAUUCCUACUUUUACCUUGCAGUCAUUUUUAUAAACCAGUUGUGUCUACAAUUGGAGAUGUUCACUCCUUCCAAAAAGAAAAAAGUGUUAGAAAAGUAUGGUGAUAUGCGGGUAACAAUGGGUUGUGAAAUUUUCAGCAUGUGGCAAAACCUAGGAGAACACAAGCUUCAUUUCAUCCCUGCCUUGAUUGGUCCCUUCCUAGAAGUGACCCUGAUACCCCAGCCAGAUCUCCGGAAUGUCAUGAUUCCUAUUUUUCAUGAUAUGAUGGAUUGGGAACAGAGGCGGAGUGGCAACUUUAAACAGGUGGAAGCCAAGCUGAUUGACAAACUGGACAGCCUGAUGUCAGAAGGCAAAGGUGACGAGACCUAUCGUGAGCUCUUCAACAGUAUUCUACUAAAGAAAAUUGAGCGGGAAACAUGGAGAGAGAGUGGCGUUUCAUUAAUUGCCACUGUAACUCGGCUAAUGGAGAGGUUGUUAGAUUACAGGGACUGCAUGAAAAUGGGAGAGGUAGAUGGCAAAAAGAUUGGCUGCACAGUUAGCCUUCUGAAUUUCUAUAAAACUGAACUGAACAAGGAAGAGAUGUAUAUACGCUACAUCCACAAACUCUAUGAUCUACAUCUCAAGGCGCAGAACUUUACAGAGGCUGCGUACACCCUCCUGUUGUAUGAUGAGCUGCUGGAAUGGUCUGACCGGCCGCUCAGGGAGUUCCUGACCUACCCUAUGCAAACGGAAUGGCAGCGCAAGGAGCACUUGCACCUCACCAUCAUUCAGAACUUUGAUAGAGGCAAAUGCUGGGAGAAUGGUAUCAUCCUGUGCCGGAAGAUUGCAGAGCAGUACGAGAGUUACUAUGACUACAGAAACCUGAGCAAGAUGAGGAUGAUGGAGGCCUCUUUGUAUGACAAGAUCAUGGACCAGCAGCGCCUGGAACCUGAGUUCUUCAGAGUUGGAUUUUAUGGGAAAAAGUUUCCAUUUUUUUUAAGAAAUAAGGAGUUUGUGUGUCGGGGGCAUGACUAUGAGAGGUUGGAAGCCUUUCAACAGAGGAUGCUGAACGAGUUCCCCCAUGCCAUCGCCAUGCAGCAUGCCAACCAGCCCGACGAAACCAUCUUCCAGGCGGAAGCGCAGUAUUUGCAAAUAUAUGCUGUGACUCCCAUACCAGAGAGCCAGGAGGUCCUGCAGAGAGAAGGUGUUCCAGACAACAUCAAAAGUUUCUACAAAGUGAAUCACAUCUGGAAAUUCCGCUACGACAGACCAUUCCACAAAGGCACAAAAGAUAAAGAGAAUGAAUUCAAGAGUCUCUGGGUGGAGAGGACAUCCUUAUACUUGGUGCAGAGUUUACCUGGAAUUUCCCGCUGGUUUGAAGUGGAAAAGCGAGAAGUGGUAGAAAUGAGUCCUCUGGAAAAUGCAAUCGAAGUGUUGGAAAAUAAGAAUCAGCAGCUGAAGACUCUGAUUAGUCAGUGUCAGACUAGACAAAUGCAGAACAUUAACCCCCUGACCAUGUGCCUGAACGGAGUCAUUGAUGCUGCUGUGAAUGGUGGUGUUUCCCGGUACCAAGAGGCAUUCUUUGUCAAAGAAUAUAUAUUAAGCCAUCCUGAAGAUGGGGAGAAAAUUGCACGGUUAAGAGAGCUGAUGCUUGAGCAAGCUCAAAUUCUGGAAUUCGGUUUGGCUGUGCAUGAGAAGUUUGUUCCGCAAGAUAUGAGACCCCUCCACAAAAAGCUGGUGGACCAAUUCUUUGUGAUGAAGUCGAGCUUAGGGAUACAGGAGUUCUCUGCUUGUAUUCAAGCCAGUCCUGUCCAUUUCCCUAAUGGAAGCCCUCGGGUGUGUCGGAGCUCAGUGCCCGCUUCCAUGAGCCCAGAUGGUACCAGGGUAAUUCCUAGACGCAGCCCAUUAAGUUACCCAGCCGUGAACCGGUAUUCUUCCUCCUCCCUGUCCUCCCAAGCUUCUGCUGAAGUAAGCAAUAUUACAGGGCAAUCAGAAAGCUCUGAUGAAGUCUUUAACAUGCAGCCCAGCCCGUCUACCUCAAGCCUGAGUUCUACGCACUCUGCUUCGCCUAACGUCACAAGCUCUGCUCCUUCCAGUGCCAGAGCUUCUCCUUUGUUGUCUGACAAACAUAAACAUUCCAGAGAAAACUCUUGCCUGUCCCCACGGGAGAGACCAUGCAGUGCCAUUUACCCGACAGCUGUGGAGCCCUCCCAGACUCUCGUCCCUUUCCAGAGGAUGCUGUUGAAUCAUAUUGGUGAUGGAGCCUUGCCACGCAGUGACCCAAACCUCUCUGCUCCUGAGAAAGCUGUGAAUCCCACCCCUAGCAGCUGGAGCCUGGACAGUGGGAAGGAAGCCAAGAACAUGUCGGAUAGUGGGAAACUUAUCUCCCCCCCUGUCCCUCCAAGACCCACACAGACUGCUUCACCAGCGAGACACACCACAUCAGUGUCGCCCUCGCCGGCCGGCCGGUCCCCAUUGAAGGGCUCGGCGCAGUCCUUCACCCCCUCCCCCGUGGAGUACCACUCCCCAGGACUGACCUCCAACUCCCCGGUGCUGUCGGGCAGCUACAGCAGCGGCAUCUCGUCUCUCAGCCGGUGUAGCACGUCGGAAACCUCAGGCUUUGAAAAUCAGGUGAACGAACAGUCCGUGUCGCUGUCCAGCUUCGGGGGGCCGGGGGGACCCGAGGAGCCCGUGUGCAAGGAGAGCAAGACACCCCCUCCCUACAGCGUCUACGAGCGGACUCUGCGGCGCCCCGUCCCACUACCUCACAGCCUCUCCAUCCCCGCCACCUCCGAACCUCCUGCCUUGCCCCCCAAGCCCCUGGCCGCCAGGCCCGGCCACCUGGAGAACGGGACCCGGAGGACUGAGCCGGGGCCCAGGCCCAGGCCCCUGCCCCGCAAGGUCUCUCAGUUGUAAUCACUUCUCCGUGUCCCUGCGGUGAGUUCUGUGGCCGUUUACAGCAUAAGACGUGUAGCGCAGGCACUUUACUUACUCAGCUCUCUUUCUCCAGAUGAAUGGAAUUACCACUCGCUUCCCAAUCUAAUGUUGCACAAUACUAAAAGUUAACUGAUCUCAAACUGCAGGUGUCUCGUGAGCUAUGGCUGUGUCUCAUGGGAAAGUGGUGAAUGGCGAUCCAGAGUCCUUUUGUAUCUUUUUAUGUUCACUUUUUUUUUAAAAAAAAAAAAAGCAUAGUUUCAGUCUUAAACCCGAUAGGAUAUUGUCAAACAAUACAACCAAUGUUAUAUACUUUUCACUGAAUACUGGAUGCUGGGAGAAGGAUUGUUUGGUGAGUGCACAUCCAACCACAGCGUCCUUGCUUUGGAAGACUUGUGUGAACAACUCAUUUUUCUGGCUCUUCUUGGAGCAGAAUGAUCCAUGCCCCCAGUCUCUGAAUGAAGGUGGACGCAGGCCCAGCUCCUUAGACAGUAAGCGUAAGGAGUUGCCUGGAUUGUUUUGUUCUUGAAACAAAACACUUGGUGGAGACUCUUGUGGUGUUUGAUAGCUGUCUACAUUCUUAAAACUCGACUUUGUGAAUUCUCUAGUACCCUUGAUGCCAUGCUAUCUACUGUAUUUCUUUGCCAGGUGCAAUUUGCUUUCAGAGCUCCAAUCAGCUAGAUUAAGCAAAAUGACCCCAAGAGAAAUGUUUACUUGAAUUUUGUGCUUCCUUACUUGAUCGUUUCCUAUAUAAAAUGUGUCAUUGAAGAAGAGCAGAUGUUCAAGUAUUAAAUAGGCACAAAUUACUGUGUCUCAUUAACAAGCAUUCAGGAAUCAAUACAGGACAGUAUUAAAUCAAUAACGUGAAUAAAGAAAAAAAAACCUUAGUGACAAUAUAUUAACAUGAUUAAAUGACAAAAGGCCUCUCAAAAGGCAAGGACAUUAACUUUGAAUCCUGCACAGAAUAAAAAAUAAUUCCUCCAGACUGCAUUCUUACCUGAGGAGCUUGGCUUCCCAGCUAAUCCUGUGAUCCUUUGGUUGGAGGAGUUGACUGUAGAUGGUUCUAGCUUGAAUAUCGCAAUUUAGCAUCUUAGCUCUAGGUAGACAUGAGUAUAAGCAGUAGGAGUGUGGAAAAAAGCACCUUGUAUGUAGUAAUGUAUUUUGUAUCUUUUUUUUUUCAUUAACUGACUGUUUAUAACACUCAACUGACAAUAGCUAUGAACUGUAUUUUAAAUCAUACUGUUAAAUAUUUUCCCUCUUUUGUUGGGAAACUCAGUUUAGUUUAACUGGGUUUGUUUUUGUUGAUAGCUUAACCUGGAAGGCAGUGACCACUUUUUUAUAUUCUCUUAAUGAAACCAUUCAGCAGGCAUACACUGUUGAGGCUGGUUAUAGAGGUUUUCUAUAAUAAAUGUUCGAGUAUUUUUGUACAUAACUGGUUAAUUUUAAUAAAAGAUACCAUUAUGUGUAAAAAAAAAAAAAAGAAAAAGAAAA